UCGUCUCCUUCCUUCCUGGAAAGGGAAGGCAGGGGGGCAAAGGGCUGGGUUUGGGUCUGCGCCCUCGACAGCAUGGCCCAGAGACCAGGAGCUGCCACCACAGGCUGCCCUGUCCCCUGAGGACUGCCAAGCUACUCUCCUGGCUACCACAGACUCAGUAGGACAGCACCUUACUUCUCCGAAGAGGACGCAUCCCUCUGUUUCCCCCCCGUCCGGAGCCAUGAAGUUCAACGGCUACAUGAAGGUGCGCAUCGGGGAGGCUGUGGGGCUGCAGCCCACCCGCUGGUCCCUCAGGCACACGCUCUUCAAGAAGGGGCAGCAGCUCCUGGACCCCUACAUCACGCUGAGCGUCGACCAGGUGAGGGUGGGUCAGACCAGCACAAAGCAGAAGACCAACACGCCGACCUACAAUGAGGAGUUCUGCGCCCCGGUCAACGACGGGCGGCAGCUGGAACUGGCCGUCUUCCAUGGCACCCCCAUUGGCUACGAUGACUUUGUGGCCAAUUGCACCGUGUACUUCCAUGACCUCCUGCACGGCACCGGGUCCUCGGACAGCUUCGAAGGCUGGGUGGACCUGGAACCAGAAGGGAAAGUGUUUGUAGCAAUAACUCUCUCAGGAAGCUUUACUGAAGGAACUCUCCAGAGGGACAGAAUAUUUAAGAACUUCACCCGGAAGCGCCAACGGGCUAUGCGGCGGCGAGUCCAUCAAGUCAAUGGGCACAAGUUUAUGGCUACCUAUUUGCGGCAACCCACGUACUGCUCGCACUGCCGGGAGUUUAUCUGGGGAGUAUUUGGAAAGCAAGGAUACCAGUGCCAAGUUUGCACAUGUGUCGUGCACAAGCGCUGCCACCAUCUCAUUGUCACGGCUUGCACCUGCCAGAACAAUAGUCACAAGGUGAACACAAAGAUUUCUGAGCAGAGAUUUGGAAUCAACAUUCCUCACAAAUUCCGGAUCCACAAUUACAAAGUGCCCACCUUCUGCGACCACUGCGGGUCUUUGCUUUGGGGCAUCAUGAGGCAAGGUCUACAGUGCAAAAUAUGCAAAAUGAAUGUACAUAUUCGUUGCGAAGCCAACGUAGCACCGAACUGCGGCGUGAACGCUGCAGAGCUGGCCAAGACGCUGGCGUGUAUGGGCUUGCAACCAGGAAACAUUUCUCCAAAUGGGAAACUGGUCUCCAGGUCAACGCUGAGGCGACAGAAAAAAGAGAGUGGAAAAGAUGGCAACGAAGUGGCUGAAGUCUCGGCAAGCAAGCUGAAAAUUGAGGAUUUGCUGUUCAUUAGAGUUCUGGGAAAGGGCAGUUUUGGAAAGGUGAUGCUGGCUAAAACAAAACAGACGGGAUUCCUUUAUGCCAUAAAAGUGCUGAAGAAGGAUGUGAUUUUGCAAGACGACGAUGUGGAAUGCACCCUGACGGAAAAGCGGAUUUUGACCCUGGCCAGGAAUCAUCCAUUCCUAACCCAGCUCUACUGCUGCUUUCAGACACCUGACCGCCUCUUCUUCGUCAUGGAAUUUGUGAAUGGAGGGGACCUGAUGUUUCACAUCCAGAAAUCCCGUCGCUUCGACGAAGCCCGAGCCCGGUUUUACGCCGCAGAAAUAAUUUCGGCCCUCAUGUUCCUCCACGAAGGAGGCAUCAUUUACAGGGAUCUGAAGCUGGAUAAUGUUUUGCUCGAUCACGAGGGCCAUUGCAAGCUGGCUGACUUUGGAAUGUGUAAAGAAGGAAUCCGCGACGGGGUCACCACGGCGACCUUCUGUGGAACACCUGACUACAUCGCCCCAGAGAUUUUACAAGAGAUGCUGUAUGGUCCCGACGUCGACUGGUGGGCAAUGGGAGUGCUGCUCUACGAGAUGCUCUGUGGCCACGCUCCCUUCGAAGCUGAAAACGAAGAUGACCUCUUUGAGGCCAUCCUUAAGGAUGAAAUCUCCUACCCGUCUUGGCUCCCAGAAGAUGCCGUUUCAAUUCUGAAGGCCUUCAUGACCAAGAACCCCAAAAUGCGCCUUGGCAGCAUUGCCCUGGGUGGAGAGAAUGCUAUCCUACUGCACCCAUAUUUUAAGGAAUUGGAUUGGGAUCUGCUGAACCAGCGUCAGAUAGAGCCGCCUUACCGUCCUCGAAUUAAAUCGAAAGAAGAUGUGAGCAACUUCGAUCCCGAAUUUUUAAAAGAGGAGCCAAUAUUAACUCCCAUUGAAGAAGGAAUUCUUUCUAUGAUUAACCAAGACGAAUUUAAAAACUUUUCUUACACAGACCCAGAACUAGAGUCUUCGCCACAUUUGCGGGCGCCGACUGCCCUCUCCCCCUGACAAAGAGGAACAGUGGCAAUUUAGGCCUUCCUGAAAAUUUGUCCAGCUGGGAGAUCGAAACCUGACAGCCUAAUAUUAAUGCCUCGCUGACCAGAGAAGCACUGUUAGUUUAAUAUCGGAGCAGAGGGACCGUCCUGGAAUUUUUGAAGCAGCAAGAACAAAUAUUUAUAGCAGGGCAACGAAUCCCCUUUGGUAAAUGGAUUUUGUGGAUGUGGGAAGAAGAAAUAAUUUGACCUCGUUGACUCGGGACAGCUGGCUGGGGAAUUCGACUUUGCAGUGCGUCUGGGGAGUCACCAUAAGGGUGAAAUGAACUCUGAGUCAGGCCAA